CUGCUGCCGCACACUGAGCCCGAUGCAGGAGCAAGCGCACUCAAUGUUUUCCGUCUCUUUUAUUAUUAAAACACCAGGAUUAUAUCAGCGCUUUUCAAACAGGAGUAUCAGGAAUUAACCAUAAAGACUGAAACACAACUCAGCACGGGGCACCUGAAGGAAUUUAGGCUUGUUUUCUGUUCGCACACCCGCGAGUUGCGCUUCGUUCGGGGACAGACUUUAUCUAUUCCACGGUGUGGGAAAGAUAGGGUUUGAAUAAAGACAUCACCUACAAAAUAUCGUGGUGACACGACACGAAAGUGAGAACCACGUUUAAGACUUUAUGGAGCUAGACAUUUCACGUCCAACCCGGGAAAGGGAAUUAUUUUGUGACAUAUUUGUUUGUCCACGACCCUUUUGGAAGUGAUAUUUAUAACGAUUUAUCCAGCAUGAAAUCGAGUCUGACAUACACAGGGAUGAUCUGGGCUCUGGUGUCUCUGCUGAGCGCAGCUGCCUCAUGUGUGGGAUUCUUCAUGCCCUACUGGCUGCUGGGCUCGCAGAUGGGUAAGCCCGUGUCUUUCGGAACAUUUCGCCGCUGUUCAUAUCCCGUCCGGGAUGAGGACAGGCAGGCCACGGUCAUGCUGGAGGAGUGCGGGCGCUACGCGAGCUUUCAGGGUAUCCCGAGCGUGGAGUGGCGCAUCUGUACAGUGGUGACGGGCAUCGGAUGCGGUCUGCUGCUGCUGGUGGCGCUCACAGCUCUAUUGGGAUGCUGCAUAUCAGAGCUCAUCUCCAGAACCAUCGGACGCGCAGCCGGGGGGAUGCAGUUUGUUGGGGGUCUGCUCAUUGGUUCAGGAUGUGCUCUGUAUCCUCUCGGCUGGGACAGUGAGGAGGUCCAGCAGACAUGUGACAACAUCUCAGAUCAGUAUGAACUUGGCUCUUGUCAAAUAGGCUGGGCAUAUUUUUGCACCGGGGCGGGCGCCGCCUCUGCCAUGUUACUGUGCACUUGGCUGGCCUGUUUCGCUGGGAAGAAACAAAAGCACUACCCGUAUUAAAAUAACCAGGAACAGCCUCAAGCAGGACGGAUGCCUUAGACCCAACGGAGACCGGCUCUACUGCCCGAGGCAUGACAUAUUUCCUCCAUUACUGCAUUACUCUGCAGUCAUAGAGACUCUUGUUGCUCAUGAAUGUUUGUGAGCAUGAACUUCUUGAAGAGGCAAGACUAUAUACAGUACAUUCACUGCUUUCACAAACCACAGAGUGUUUGAUGCAAAAGGACCAAGUGUCCGUUAUGACCAAUGUUGUGUGUGUACUUCUUUUUUUGUGGGGGUUCUUCUUUUGCAAUUGAAAUUUUAAACGUGAGCUCUGGUUCGGGUAUUUAAAAGUGUACUUGAAGUCUGUAUAGUACAGUAAGUUUCCACAGCUACGUACCACGUGACUACAUAAUUGAAUACUCAUUUGAAGAUUUUUGCAAAUGUUGGCAUUUUGUUGAUGUUUGUUAGCGUGAGAAAAGCAGUACAGAGACGUGUAAAAAAAUCCCUUUACAUGCCUGAAAACACAUGAUAAAUAACAUGAUACUCACCUAAAAAGGUAAAUUUUGAAAUUAUAUUACAUUAUGAACUUUUUAGAAAUGCAUUUUAUAUAGACUUCAAGUAAAUUAUUACCAAAAGCUAUAUUCAUCACAAUUGUUUAUUGUUGUAAUUGUUUAUUUUCAUAUCCAUUGUGAAAUGCAAUAAUAUUCACAGUAUCUCUAUAUUGCUUGAUCAUUUACAGAAAUAUAUGCUUAAAAUAUAAAGUAAAACAAAUGUUGUGUUGAAAUAUGUUUUUGUCUUCCUGACAUAUUGUGUUUAAAAGACAAGCACUCAUGUAUUAUUUGUUUUUAUUUUUGUGUUGGUAAAUAAAAUUUGUUUAUCAACAUUGUUUUUAUGUUCACUCAGCUACAAUGACUAGAUAGAAUUUAAAGGGAUACUUCAUCCAAAAUUGAAAAUGCUGUCUUCAUUUAAUCACUCUCUAGUUGUUCCAAACCUGUAUACAUUUCAUUCUUUGGUAAACACAGAGAAAGAUAUUUGGAUCAAUGCUUGUAACCAAACAGUUCUCGGCCACUAUUGACCACCAUAGUAGGAAAAAUGACAAUGCUAGUCAAAAGUGUCCCAGACCUGUUUGCUGUCCUACAUUCUUCAAAAUGUCUUCUUCUGUGUUCAACUGAACAAAAAAAUAAAGUAAUUUUUCCUACAAUGAUAGUCACUGGGGUACAAAAACUGUUUGGUUACAGUCAUUCUUUCAAAUAUAUUUCUGGUUGUUUAAAGAUUGUUUAAAGUACCUUUGACUGAAUGGAUCUUUGUGGAACCAAACCAUUGCUGUGAAGAACCUUUUAAGCAUGAGUGUAAAUAAUGACAGAAUUUAUAUUUGGGGGUGAACUGUCCCUUUAAUUAUCUUCACUGGGGCUUUUAAUCCAAUGUCUAAAGAAACAUUAAAGUAGAUUUCUUGGUGAUUUUUGCAACAAUAGUCUCAAUGGUAACACUUGUGUGUGUCUGAUGUACUGAUGAUCACACUCAUACUCUAUUACAACGUGCGUUUGUAUUAUUUUGUCCAACCCAGUAUGUGUAAACGUAUAUGACAUCAUACAUAAUACAGCUCGCUAAUCACUUGAUAGACAUUUACUUAUAAUCCAUGAUGACUCACUCACUCGUUGGUGAGACGUGAAGACGUGUGGGACGUGAAACUGCUCGUAUGAUCCAUUCUUUUAAUGAGAAUACCCAAGAUACCUCAAACGUCUGUGUGUGCUGUCUUCCUCCUUAUUUCUUUUUUCAUCUUCACUUCUGAGAGAGCCCCAUCUUUUCUUGCCAAGUGUCCUCCAGUUUCAUGUAAGAUCUUUCCUCACACUCAUAUUGCUCAGGAUGUCUGAGGUUUGAGGCGUGUGUUUGAUCGGCUGCUCAGCAUGACACAUUGAGGUCAUGUGAACAAGCUUCUCUCUCUGCUGUUUUCUCAGCUUGACAUCUCACCGACAGCAGUCAGAGACGAAACCUCAGAGAGAUUUUUUCAUAUGAUUACAGUCACUACAUGCAGUUUUUCAGAUUACAUGCUAAUGAAAUGUAGACAUAAAAGCACUGGAAAUGUAGAGAUAUUAAUGAAGAGGAAACGACACUCUGUAAUGAAACAUAAUGAGAGUAAAGAUUUUAAUUAUAAAACAUAUAAUUUAGUUACACAAAAUAUGAUCAUCAUAAACAUAAUUAUGUUCUCUAGCUUGGACAAAGCAGGCUGUAAAAAGUUAUUUUCCAGAACUUUGAUGUUAUUUUUUACAGUUUUUCCAUGUAUAAUGUAAAAAAAACAUGUAUUUUUAAAAAUACAGUAAAAAUAAGUAAAAUUACAGAAUUGUUUUGUAAACUUGGCAUUUCUUAAAUACGGUCACAAACCAUAAAAUUAAAGAAAAUAAUGUUAAUUUGCAAGAAAAUCGUGUAAUUUGCCACACAUUUUUAUUUUUUUACAGUUUAAGUUUAAUAUAAUUAUGAAUGAGUUAUUUAUGUAUUUUAUUGCUGUUAGUGUCCUGUUUUGUCUGAGUGCU